AACAGCAGACGUGGCGAAGCACUGUGUUGUGGUUCCCUGACUGUGCGAUCGGUUCAUGUUAUUGUGUUUGUUAAUGGAAUCAGUGUGUUAAGAGCGUAUUUGCUAGAAGGAUAUUUUUAAUACUGAGGAGACCUAGCAUUGUAAAUUGACAGAAAAGUAUAACAGAAUCAAAAACAAGUGUAGGCAAAAUAUUUUAACGAUCUUUUUUUUCAUAUUAAAGAAAUUAAUUAGAUAAAUAUAAAUCGGCUCUGACGGGGACGCAGUCAGAAGAUGCAAGAUGCCGCACUGUUCGAAAAAUCCUCAACUAAACAACUGGCAAACAGCCAAUUUAGUAAUGUACCCAUUGCUAAUGGUAAAUCAAACGAUCACUCAAGUGGUAAUCAUUCAAUAAAAGCGGAUAUAGAGCUAACACAUGAAAGUGGCAGUUGCAACAGUUUAGGCUUAAGCGAACAUUUAAAAAGUAACAACAUGAAUUCAAGUGUCCAUAUGGUAGCAAAUGACACAACGCAGACUGGAGCCACAUCACAUCAUUCAGGUCCUAUAACGUGGUCGGCUGCUUCAACUUCAGCAUCGACACUAACACCAGAAGAAACAUAUGUUCAUGGGAUCACAUCUUUGAAUAGUGGUGCUGUAACAUUUCAACAAUUUUCUUCUCUCUCCAUGAAUUCAGCAACGGGAAUAUACAAUUCAAAUGUUGCUUUUCCACCAACCCAAGCAGCAAUUUUGGCUCAGCAUGGAAGGAGAGCCAUUACAGGCCAUAGUGGUGUUAAUAAUAUCCCAAGACAGCAGACUAAUCUUAUGGUCAAUACAUGCAGUAAUCCUAAAAUAUUGCCAAACUGGAAUAAUUCUCAUCAAGCAUCAUGGUCUACUCAACCUUCACAAGCAACUCUCUACCCCCCUUGGAAUGUACAACAACGGAGAUCUGUGCCAAAUAUGAGUGCCCUUGCACCAGCUGUAGUGAAAAAGCAAACCAUUCAACAGCAGUUACAACACUCAUCCUUUAUAGUGCCAUCCAAAUUUAGAAGAAGCACAUCUUUUCCUGGUCAAAUUCAGGCCUCUGUUGGUGUUAAGAAUCCAUAUGAUUUUACAACUUUUGAUGAUGUUGUGACUUAUCAGGUAAAAAUGUUAUAAUUUGUAGGCCUACUCAUACCCAUAGGUCUAAUUAUUGUAACUGUCAAUUUGGCUAAACCAGAAAUUUAAAUUUCAAUUGUUCAAAAUGAUUAAUUUAAUAUAAAAUUUAAUGUUAAGUGGUGGCGAUGGUACUAUUAUAGACUUAUGAAGUGGCUAUUCGUACCCAGGUACCAGAAGUGAGAGGUUGGGAUUAAAAAAUUAUUUAAAAUUUUAUUGUUGGGUUUGUAAGACAUAAUGAGGUAUCAAAUGAAAGAUAAUUGAAUGGACUAUAUGUUUUUUAAACUUAAUCUUCAGUUUAACUAAAAUAAACUACCACAAAUGACAUCCGAAUAGCACUGAGUCAAAAUGGACCCAGACACGCAGCGCCACCAUGAGCACCCUGAUACGAUGUUGAGUUACAAAAAAAAUAGCCAAUAUUUAUUUCCCUACAUUUUUUAUAGUGCCAUGAAUCAUAUUUUUUCAUAUUGAUUUGUUGGUUCCAUUAACUCAUUUUUGACCGCCUUUUCAUUAUCAACUCUUUUGAAAUUAGACCCUUAAGCCUUUAAAUGUUGCACUGUAGUAAAGACUUGUCAUAAACAUAACUUAUUAUAAAAUAUCUUGCCUUAAUUAACUAAAUUUAUUUCAUUUUUUGUUUGUAUUUUAUAGUUUAAAUAAACGAAGUGUCUUCAUGUCCAGCGACCGGACGAAUAAUUCUCGAGAUAUUUGUCCGGCGAUCAGGUAACAUGACCGCCGUAACAAAGUUGGGCGAGAUAUCUGUCCGUCAGCCUUGUCACGUGACCACUAAUAGUCGAUCAUAAAACUGGCGUCGGAGAUGUAUGGGGGCCGACGAGUGUACACUUCAUUUCAAGAAAUAAGUGGGGAGGUGGGUUGUGGAGCAAUGCAUAUUAGAAGGAAGAAAUACUGAGAGCGAAAGAGAAAGGAUAAAUAUAAUAGUGGGGGUGAUAAAUAAUUUAGGCGGGUAUGUAUGGGGGCCGACGAGUAUACACUUCAUUUCAAGAAAUAAGUGGGGAGGUGGGUUGUGGAGCAAUGCAUAUUAGAAGGAAGAAAUACUGUGAGCGAAAGAGAAAGGAUAAAUAUGAUAGUGGGGGUGAUAAAUAAUUAAGGCGGGGAGGUCGAAAGUUCACAAAGAAAUAGACCCUACAUCUUAAAGAUGGCCAAUAUAGGGUAAAUAGUGUACUGUAGAGGUAGCCUACUUCUCACGCAAUAUUUAUAGCCUAAAAUAAAACUUUUUUGACAGUAGAUCUAUUGAAAGUCAACUGGCAAGUAUUGGUCUUAUUUUCUUUGGUUCAUAUUUUAAAUUUAGGCUAUUAGGUAGAGCGUUAUAAGAUAUUUAAACCAAGAUAACAAGACUUUUUUUUUAAAAAAUUUUGCCGACCACCUCUUGUCACAUGCCAUGUCUGCCGGAAUAAUAAUAUAUACUAGUCAUCUGGCGGUCAUGGGACAUGCCCGCCGGAAGAAUAUCUCCCGCACUAUUUGUCCGGUCCUCGGACGUGUAGACACUGCCUUAAAUAAAUUGGUUGAAAAUGUUUUUGUUUUUUUAACUUAAAUUAAAUGUAUUGUUUUAUUUAAUAUAGGUAUAUUUUGCAGUUUUUUCUAUUUCAUUAAGAGCAUUUUUUAUUCUUUUCUUUAAAGUAAAUAUAUAUUAUUUUGGUUAAUUCUAUAUUAUCUUACUUAGACCAUGUAUGUUUACAUUUGUUGUAAGACUUCCACUAGGAACCCAAUCCUGUUAGUCCUCUCUUUAAUUAAAUAAUCCUAAUGUUUGAAACUUUAACAUAUUUGUUCAUUAAGCCCAAGUUUAAGUAAUAUUUACAUUAUUUUUCUGUUCGCUUCUUAGACAUUUUAGUUGCAUUUUAGACAUUCCAUCAUUUAAAUAGUUAAAAUUAUAAUUUUUCAUUCUAAAAGCUGCUUGAAUUUUUUUACCACAAUUCAUGUAAUUAUUUUUAAAGUCUGACAACUGUGCCACUCAUAAAAUUUUCUAAAACUGUAUUUUUAAGUUAAUUUAUAAAUAAUACACUUGUUUUUUUAUACUGUUUAAGUUAAUGAAUUAAUUAUUAAUAAGGUUAUAUUAAAUAAUAAAUAACGAUUUGCAUUUGGGUAAUGAAAGGAUAUUACUUAUUAGUUUUAAAAAAUUACUACAGUGAUGGUUAAAAAACAAAUUAUUUUUGUAUGCCAUUAGAAUUCACUUGGCCCAUAUAUUUCAUUAUCAGAUAACAUUUCUUCAUUUCAUUUUGUAUACAGAAAAUUAUAAGAAAUGCUGACAUCAUUUUAAAUGCUCAUCUUAUCAUAAAGCAUAGCAACUUAAAAAAUAUUAUUUCAUUUAAAAUAAAUAUAUAAACUUAAGCUCUGUCCACGAUACUUCAACCUUUUCAAUUUUCCAUCAUAACAUUUGCAUUUUUUUUUCAGAAUUCCUUACAUUUGAAAAUUAGCUUUCAUUUAUUGCAGAUACUUAUUAAGGUGCUUUAAUAUAUUUUAUGUGAUCAUUUUGAAAUUCAUUAAAGAAAAUCCAUUGUUUUUCCAUUUAUCAGAGCUCCUCGGGUCAAUAUGAUUCAAUGAAGUUCCCAACUCUGGAAAAUCAGCUUCUGGAUAUAAUGAAACAUUCAUCAAUGGAAGGGAUUCAAAUGCGAGGAGAUAAUUUGAAAGGUAUGAGUGUUCGGCUAUCCAUCCGAAAAUAAAUUAUACAUACCAUCCCCCUGGUCCCAGUUAGUUCAGAUAAUGGAAGUUCUACUGUAUUUAUAAUUUAGACAUUAGCUGCUCAUUAUAUUUUUUAAAAAUAUAUUUCUAUUGGGAAAAAAAAUCUGAAUGUUAUAUACUUAACAUUAAUUUUUUGAGUUGUCAACUGAUAUAUGACAAUUUUAAAGUCUGUAUAGAUUAUCUAAGUAUUGGAAUAGUAUCUAUCAAUAUAAAAACUGCAAAACAUAGAGAACAAUAUUUUGCUAACAUUAGAAAUUUUAAACCCUUUAUUUCCUGUCAGACUUAAGAUAUCUAGUAUUAAACAGAUCUUAACUAUUUUUUGUUUUACUGCAAUAUUUGGUGUGGCAUUGAAUUUAUAGCCAAUGCAAAUUCCUAUAGUAUCACUAUCAAGUAGGUGUCAGAUUUAUAGCAUCAUAUCUCUUCUGCUUAUUAGCUUAGAAGAAAUUACUCUGAUUGAGCACUUAAAAAUCUGGCCCAUAAGCUUGAAGGUAACCUCAAAGGUAACAAUCGUGCACAAUUCAGAAGGCAGAAAGAAAGCUCAUAAUAUUUUUUUCAAACAUUACUUUGAUUUGCAUGAUUCUAAAGUUUAAUUUUUACUCAGAUUCAGAGUUGGAUCAUGUUUUAAAGGAGAAAGUUGAUAGGAAGAUGUGAGAUCUUAGCAUAAUUGAGGAAAAUAAAUUAAACUUUAUGUCCAUCAGGGAAAUUAACAAGGUUAAAAAUAGUAUCAUUUUUAUGAAUGCACCUUGUUGUUGGGAUUGAAAAUCAAUUGCUAUAAGAAGCAGUUUAUUUAUUUGCUAAUUUAAAUUUUGUUUCAGCAAAAAUGCCUUUUGUUAUUGAGGAUUCUUCAAUUGAUGACAGUUCACUUGAUCAGACAGUGCCUAAUUUAACAGGGACACCCAGAUCUUCCCCCAGCUCUCAAGGUUUAGAUCGGAUAGAAAGAUUUUCAAGAAAAGUUUUUGUGGGUGGACUACCACCAGACAUUGAUGAAGGUAUUACUUCAAAACAUAUAGUUUUGAUGCCUUUGUCAAAUACUGAUGUGUUGUUGAAUAGAUUUUCAGGGUAUAAUUUAUUGUAUACAAAUUUCAAGUUUCUUAAUUGAAAAAAAAAUCCUUUAAAUAGGAUCUGAUAACUCUGUUAAUAAAAUAAUUAAAAUGACUAAUAUUUUUUCAGAGGAAAUAACGACAGCUUUCAGGAGAUUUGGUGCCCUCGUUGUUGACUGGCCACACAAAGCAGAAUCAAAGUCUUAUUUUCCACCAAAAGGUUUAAACAAAAUACUAUUUAAACUCUUAUUUUAAAUGAAUUUAUUAAUAAUCAAUUUCAACAUGUUCAACGUUGCAUUACAUGGCUGCAAUAGUAAUAAUUUUCUUUUCCUGGUAUUAAGUUUCUUUAAUUUUAUUUGGCCUUUAUCAAAUAAAUCUGGGUUGUUGUUUUUUCAGGCUAUUGCUUCCUGAUAUUUCAAGAUGAGUUGUCCGUGCAAAGUUUGAUUGAAUCAUGUUUAAUGGAUGAUGACAAAUUGUACUGGUGUGUCUCAAGCCCUACUAUGAAGGAUAAACCGGUAUUUGAUAAUUAUAUAUUUGCAUAUUUUAUUCCAUACAUAGCAGCUAGAUAAAUUUGUAAGUUAUUUUUUACACUUUAAUUACAAUUUGUCAAAUGCUGUAUGAUGCCAAUAUUAAUUUUUUAUGUUCUGCCAUAUCUCACAUGUUAUGGGGAAUAAAUAAUGUUGGUUCCCAUUAACCCAUAAACCAUAUCUUAUAUGCCAGUCAGGGGUGCGAUCCAUAUAACAUCAAUUUGCUGACUGUUUUUUCAGUGUGGCAUAGAAAUUUGGAAAAUCAAUCAUUUUUCCCUCUUGCUCUCGCUUACACUGGAGCAGAGGGCAAAUAUUAGUGACAUUUACAUUAAAAGGGUCAUGUAGGGUCAUGUAACUCGCGAAACUAAGCUUUGACCUAUCUGCAAGGUCAACUGCAAAAACCCAAAGUGACAAACCCUAAAUAAGGGUUCAAUCUAAACGUGAGUAAAUACAGUAUAUAUGGUGAAAAGUUCUUUGAAAAAUCUGAUCACAUGCCAGUAAGUCAUUUUACAUAUCAUAUCAUAUACAUGUAUAUAUAGAAGUGAAAAUUUGUGGAUUUGUUUUUUUGUUUCAUUCACAUAUGUUUUUACAUGGAUUGGUGCAUCCUGACCAAAUUUGGCACACCUAUCCACCAUUAUCCGGAAGGAACUUUAGGGGGCUUUUGAACUUUUUAUAACAUUCCGUUUGGGCCCCAAAUUCGUUUUUUUUUUCUUAGAUGAGCUUUAUAAAUAAAAUUAUUCACAAAUACUCCUAUAUGAAUGGAAGAAUCUCGACCAAACUUAGUAAACAUACACUUGAUUAUCCAUAUUCAAUUGCUGAACAGUGCUGAACUCGUAAUAUCCACUCCUCUUGGCCCCAUUUCAUUUUUCCUUAUAUAAGCUAUUUAAAUAUCAAUUGGCUUAGACAACACUGUAGGUUCUACGUGAAUUGAUGUAUAUAGGCCUAGCUUUUUAGGUAUACCCGUCAUUGUCCGUAUUGAAAUAUUUGUGGAUUUAAAAUGAAUAAUAUCCAAUCCAUUCAGGGCCAAUCUAGACUUUUCCAGAAAUUUUGAAAAUUUAAAAAAGCUAUAUCAAGAAGUGCAUUUUUAAACUGAAUUUCAUGGGACAACUUUUAGAUUUUAACUUAUUUAUCUGACUGAUUUUUAUAGGGCCCCCUAUCUCAUGCAAAACUGAAUUGGUACAAUUAUGGGAUGGGCCCCUCUUUCAACUUCAAUGUACUAUGGCAUUGUAUAAAUAAUUUUUAUAGUAGUGCAUUGUAUAAAUAAUUUUUCUUAUUCGAAAAAUAAUAAUGUAGAAAAAUUAAUUUUUUACAUGUUUCGAGAAGGAUAUUAAAUUUAAUCUAGAAUGUUCCAUAAAGUUCCAUAUUGUUCUAAGGGGACACAUAAUUGGAUCUAAAAACUUAUUGAAAUGUUAGUUUAGUUCUAUUCAUUUCUAUACUUCCAUUGGGAUCUUCUCUAAACAUUCCCUUCAUAAUCCUACUGGAAAAAAAAUCCAACUGGGAACAUGAACCCACAGAGUAACAGGAUCCUAAAGGGGAAAGAGAAAACUGGAACACAUCACAAUCCCAUCAGGUAAUGUGAUCAAAUCUGGAUCCUAUCGGCAAAUUGGAUCCAAUAGAGAAAUCCACUGAAUUCAGGAUCACACAGGGAAACAGGAUUUCCACCUGGAAUUGGGACCCCACAGGGAUCGGGAUUCUACUGGUAUCAGUAUCCCAUUGGAAUCCCACCAGGAAACGUGAUCCCAUCGGGGAACCCACCGUGAUUGGGAUCACACCAGGAAAUCGGAUCACACUAGGAUCAGGAUAAAACCGGGUUCAGGAUCCCACAGGAAACGGGAUCCUGACGAGAUCGGGAAACCACAAUGAUCAGGAUCAUACAAGGAUUAGGAUCCCACCGGGAUUGGGAUUCGAAAUGGGUCGGGAUCCCUCUAGGAAACUGGUUACCAUGGAAAACAGGAUUCCAUUGGGAAAGUGGAUCUGGUUGGGAUCUCUGCGGGAUUGAAAGGUUUACGAAAAUUAUUAUAAAUGUGUUUUAUAGGAGACAAAUUAAUUUUUAUAUUUUUUUCACUAUGUCAGUGUUUUUUUGUUUUUUUUACAUUGUGCUUAAUUUUAAUGUUAAUUAAAAGGCUGUAGAAGUUAUUGGUUUUCGAAUGUAAUCCCGGGCAUAUUGGCAAGUUAUAUAUGCAGUAGAACCCAGUUAUGUCGACGGCUUUGGGGUUUGCCAAAGAACAUUGAGAUAACCAAUGAUAGAGAUAAACGAAAACCAAUAUUGCGGCAAUAUAUUAACAUGUGCUUGAAAUUUCUUUACGUAUACGAUGUGCAUUUAUAAAUAAGAUGUACAUGCACAUGUGUUUGGAGUUGUUUUUGUUUACACAGCGUUACCGCGAUUUGUUUGAUGAAGUGAUUGGCAUGCUAUAAAAAUGUACAUACAUUUUGCUAACAACACAAGGCAUAUGUGGGGUGCCACUUUUCCAGAUUAUUCCGGAUUCAUGAGACUAAAUAUUUUUCAGCUCCGGAUUCGCGACUACUUAUUUUCUCUCGCUCUGGAUUUGCCAGUUCAUUUUAUUCAAAUACAGAUUCUGUUUUUUUUUUUUUAAAAAUCAACCUGUAAGAACAUGUGAAAGCCUAUUUUAAGUGACAAGCGGGUUCGCUAUAAAUAGAAUAGGUACUGAGACCUUUGUUUGUAAGCCUCUCGCUCCUCGCUUCUUGCUGUGUCAAGUUAAUUGCACGGACAAAAAUAUUGUCAUUUCAAUUACUACAAUUUGAAAUAGGCAUGUUUCUGUUGUAUAUAAUUUGCAAAAGCCAAUGAUUGGGCAGGGGGAUCAAGAUAACCGAGGUUAAGUGACAAAUUUGGCCGCCUUUUGUGCUCCAGGUAUCAGGGUUCGUCAACAUAAAAUAAUCAACAUAACCGAGGAGAAAUUGCUAAUACAAAGACUGUGAUAUGUUUUGACAGUACUAAUGAUAUUCUAAAAAAAUUAUUCUUUCAUUAUAUAUAAAAUUAAAAUUGUUUCCAUUUUUAAAAAAAACUUGAUGCUGUAACUUACAAUUUGAACCUAAAAAUAUAAUAAUCGUAUUUAUUUUUUUAGAGUUCUAAUAACUAAACCUGAAACAAUGACAAGGAUCAUUGAAAUCCUUCACUGCUUCAGAGCUACAAUAGUCUGCAGGUUUCAUUGGAAUGACAGCUAUUAUGCUUUUCUUUUGUCUUGUUUUAAUAAUUUGUAUUAUUGAAUCAUUUGAUUUUGUAUAUUGUCUAAUCAUAAUUAAAGCUUAAGAUAUAUUGCUUUAUUUACACUAAUUAUUUGGGUCUCAUUAAUCUACUUAAAAGCGUUUGGCCAGUCCGACCCUCUUAUAAUUAGUUAAAUAUUAUUAUAAAACAUUUUAACACCUUUAACAUGGAUCUCAUUGGGUGUUCCAUGUAACAGUAGUGUGCUGCCAGUUAAGCUAGGUGUACCACAAAACUUCUGAGACAUUAUGAUGCUACUGGUAAAAGUUAUUAAAAUAAUUUAACGCAAUUUUAAAAAAAAAAAGAACAAGAAAAUAAUAUUCAAGAAAUUUAACUUAUUUUGUAAUUUUAUAGGGGAUUUAUUGGCUUACAGCUUGCAACAAAAGAUAUGAGUAAUUAAUGAGAAACUUGUGGUUUUUUAAGAACCGGUGAGUUAAUCGCUGUAAGGAACUUUUCUCAUUUCCCUUGCUUACUAUUGCAUCUAUGCCACAAAAUGGAUAAAAUGGCAUUACAACUGCAAGCCAACAAACAACUCACUGGUGAAGGCAAGCAUUUUUCUUGCUAUACUGUGGCUCUGGCAUUGUUGCAAACUUGUACGUUAGUCCCCUCUCUCUUUGUUGCCUACUUGUACGUUAGUUCCCUCUCACAUUGUUAGCAACUCAUAGGUUUGUGUGCUGUGGUGCUCACUAAUAGGAUAGCGUGGUGUGGGAAAAACACUGAUCUUUAAUAACUAUAUUACUGAAUGCAAAAAUAGUUGUAAAUAAAUUUAGCAUAUUCUUUUGAUUUAAUGAUUUUGUUCAGGUAUAAUGCCACUAUGUGAUGAUUUCACAACAUGUCAUAUAUACACUAAAAGUUCUUUGAUCACUUUUAAAUGCAACAUUACAACUUUAUUUUUUCAAGACACAAUUAUAUAGGUACCAAUGUAUUUGUACCUCUUAAUACUAUUUUAUAUUUUUUUCAGGUCCAGAUUCGCCCAUGGAGCCUAAGUGACUCUGAUUUUGUUAUGGAUGGUUCACAGCCAUUAGAUCCCCGGAAAACAAUAUUUGUUGGUGGAGUCCCACGGCCAUUAAGAGCAGGUAUUCAUUAUUCUGUUAUGUGGUGCUUAAAAAGUAAAUUUUUGUUUAUAUAUAAUCUCAAAGCCAGUCAGAUAAUUUUUAAAGUGAUGAUCACAGCUAAAAUAAAACUCUUUACUAAUUAAAAUUAAAUACAAUAAAGUUUAUUUUAAUAUAGUGAUUAAAAUUAACAUGAUUUUUAAAAAUUAAAGGCAACCAAUUAUUUAAUCAUUCAUUUAUCCUCUUAGUGCUGUGGGGAAUAGGUCAUUAAUGAUUUCUACCCAUUUUGCUGUGAGCGUUACUACCCUCAGACCUUAAUUCUGCUAUCUUCUCAUGUUAUUGGACCUCCCUUGCGCCCUGUUGGUAUUUCCUCUAAAAUGUUGGUGCAUAUGCCAAUUAGCUUAGGUCCUUUUCUUGCUUCCUCUGGAAUGAAGAGCAACACAUUUAUUGUGCGAGAUUUCUAUAUUUGUUUAUAUCAUGAAUACACAGUGUGUUUACAGUGACUUAUAUUUUGCCUAAAUGAGCUUUUCUAAUUUUGACUGGUCUACUUCAUACUCUGUGGAUACCAAUCUCAACUAGGCCGUAGUUUUAUCUUUAUUUAUUCUGAAGGAAAAUUAUUAUAGUAUAUUUCUUUCAGUGGAACUGGCUAUGAUAAUGGAUCGUUUGUAUGGUGGUGUCUGCUAUGCUGGCAUAGACACGGACCCUGAGUUAAAAUAUCCGAAAGGUGCAGGCAGAGUUGCAUUUUCCAACCAACAGAGUUACAUUGCAGCAAUUAGUGCUCGUUUUGUUCAACUCCAGCAUGGUGACAUUGACAAAAGGGUAAGUUAUAAUUUGUAAUGAUUGCAAUUCCCCCCCCCCCCUUAAAAUUGGUCCUGUUUUCUAUGUCAUACUUUAUGACCAUUUUUUGUUGUAGACUUUGCCAUUCAUGUCAUCAAAGACAGUGGCCAUUUCUUUGGGACUGGGUAGUAUUGUCAGUAUUAGCACACUUGUGCUCUAAAGUUCAGGUCCUGGCCAGAACCAAUAAAAUGACUAAACACCAGUCCUAAAUAUAAUUUAAGAAAUUUAAUGCUGCAGAAUAUUGGAUAGGUUAUUAUAGAAAAUGCAAAUUUUUACAAACAAUUUAUUGUUAUAUUGUGGCCAUCAUAUUUUCGUAAUCAUACAUAUACAUUCUUUCUUCAAUCAUACGUUAAAAAACAGCGAAACCAAAUUUUUUAAAUGUUAAAAUGAUAAGAGAAAUUUGUUAAUGGUCUGUUAUAGUUAAAAAAACAAAAUAUAUGGUGUCUUACAGGUGGAAGUCAAGCCAUAUGUAUUAGAUGAUCAGAUGUGUGAUGAGUGCCACGGAGCACGUUGUGCGGGUAAAUUUGCCCCUUUCUUCUGUGCCAACGUGACUUGUUUACAAUACUAUUGUGAAUAUUGUUGGGCGCAAAUACACUCUCGUCCAGGAAGAGAAUACCACAAGCCUUUGGUUAAAGAAGGAGCUGAUCGUCCACGUGCUGUGCCAUUCAGAUGGUGUUAAGGAUGUUGCUUCAAGGAACAGAAGCAAAAUAUUUAUUGUAUUUAAUUAUCUUAAUUCUAAUUCAGCUUCUAGUCAUUAUUUUUCUUCAUUCAAAUUUUUUUAGUUAUGUUUUUUUGUAAUUUUAAGAAAUUUAAAAUUAUUUUUUUCAAAUAUUGUAUUUAUCAAUUUAUCCCCAAUUAGAAAGUUAGUGUAGUACAUUUUUGAAGUACAUAUAUUGAGAUAAUCAACGAAUUCUUAAUUUCAGACACACUUCUUAUAGUCUAAGUACAAAGUUCAGAUCAUAUUUUUAUAGCAAAUUUUAAUGCAUAUAUUGAUAAGUCCCUUUGUAUAGUAACUUAUAUCAAAUUUCCUUUAACAAAUAGGGUUUGACAACUACAAAAUUUUUAAUGGGUAUUGAUGUGGAUUUACUUUCAUUCAUAUUUUUAUAAACAUAAUUCACAACAGUUUAAAUUUUAACAUUUUAUUUUAAUUGUCUCCCUUUUGUCCCAGUUUCAUUCAAGAUUUAUAUUAAUGCUUAAAAGAGUCUUAAAAUGUUAAGAAAAUGCUUUAUAAAGAGCUUUACAACACUGGCUCUAUGUAAUAGCUUGGCAAAGCCAAAUGUUGAAAAGUCAGUAAUCUAAAAAAUUACAGCUCUACAAUAAAUUGAAUUUUAAACUCUGAAUUCUAAAUAUUAACUUUCUAGUCGUUCUGUUCCUGUCACAUUCAAAUAUUUUUUUGAGUGCAUUAUACAAAUUUAAAAUGAAAAUAUUUGUGUGAUGUAUUAGUAAAAUAUUUUUGUCAACCAGAAGAGGCACUUAACUGAAAUAAUCAAUGACUUUAUCAUAUCUGAGACCACAUAUAUAGCCAUAAUUACAAGCUGUACUGAAUAAUGUUUCUUUAUAUGAUUUGGAUAUGUGAGUACUUAAAUAGGAGACUACAAUGUGAAAGUUAUUUGAAAAUAUAAUCAGUAUUAAAGAACAGUGUUAAAUUUUAAAGACUACACAUGUAUUACAUGGAAUAAAAACAAAAAUUGUUUAAUGAAGUCAAAGGUCUAAACAACCCAAAUAUUAUGUCCAGAAUUCAGUAUGUAUUUAUUAUAACAAUCAAAUUUAAAUGGAUAUAGGCUUAUGCUUAUGCAGCUUGCAAAAUUUUAUAAAAAUAAUAAUAUUAUUUCAAACCUCAGCAUAUGGCCAAAGUAUAAUUUCAUUAUUAAUAUAAAAAAAAAAGUAUAAAGACAUAACAAGAACAAGUUUCUGACACAGUAUUUGUGCUAUGACAUUAACAGUACAUCUUUUUGUGGUCAAUAAACAAUAUUAGGAGUUUGUAAAGCAACAUUCAAAAUUUUAGAUACAUAGUCUUCUUCCAUUGACUAAUUAGGUUUAAAAGAAAUUUAGUAAUUGCAUGAUGGGCUAUAAUUUACAACAUUAAAAUAACACAAUACUCAUAUAAUUGUACAUUUGAAAACAAAAAAAA